UCCCUUUUCUGCACUUUAGUGUGUUUUCAUGAGAGGUAAAGGGGACCAGCUGCCUUUACAUAGUACAGCUUUAUUCACAUGUAAACAUUGCUGUUUGGAAUUCGUUUUUUACCCUGAAUUUGGACCUUAAUUGAAGAUAUUUUUGCAGACUUUGAGUGCUGGUCGGGACAUGCCGAGAGGCGGAGGCAUAUUUUGGUCUUCUCUCCGCCUCCUCUUCAAGUUGGAAGCCCGACGCUGCCAUGUCAUGAAGAAACUAACUUGUGGAUACAAUUGAUGGUGAAAGACUGGAUUCUUCUCAUCUUUUCCUCUGAGCUGCCGUCCAAAGAGCCUCUUCUGUAAAUAGCUCCACUUUUUUACCCCCCACUAAGUGCGGAACACUGCUGCCACCAUGACGACCUCCUCGCUGCGCCGUCAAAUGAAAAAUGUGGUGAACAAUUACACGGAGGCUGAGAUUAAGGUACGCGAGGCCACCUCCAAUGACCCAUGGGGUGCCUCCAGCUCGCUGAUGGCUGAGAUCGCCAACCUGACCUACCACAUGGUGGCGUUCACUGAGGUCAUGGGCAUGAUAUGGAGGCGGCUCAAUGACCAUGGCAAGAACUGGCGCCACGUCUACAAGGCGCUCACCCUGCUGGACUACCUCAUCAAGACUGGCUCGGAACGUGUGGUGCAGGAGUGCCGGGACAACAUCUAUUCCAUCCAAACCCUAAGGGAUUUCCAGUACAUAGACCGUGACGGACAGGAUCAGGGUAGCCAUAUACGCGAGAAGGCCAAGAAAUUGGUUCUUUUAUUAAAAGACCCGGAAAAGCUAAAGAAGGAGCGGAGCCAGGCAUUGAAGACGAAGUCCCGCAUGGUGGGGGUCUACGCCGAAUACGGGGAGCUGCCUCCUCCAUACCCAGGUGGCUAUGGCAGCCAUUACGGGACGUACGGGUCCAGAACUUUGCCAUCUUCUUUUCAAUCCUCCUCUUCCUCCUCACCACGCUCACCACGGCUCGCACCGGAGAUGGAGCAAGCUCGGCCGACCACCACAGGGGAGGAGGAGCUCCAGCUGCAGCUGGCCCUGGCCAUGAGCCGGGAGGAGAGUGAAAAGCCUACUACUACAACGUUGGUUGUCGAUGAAAAGACUGCAAUGCAGAUCGCUAAGAGCCUCGGCAAAGAGGCCAAGAAGCAGACAGUCAAGCGGACACAAACCACACUGGAAAUGGAUGAGGACUCCCAAAUUAAGUUAGCAAUGAGUAUGAGUAAAGAGGCACACCAACAGGAGCAAUUGGGUCGCCAAGGAGACGAGACCAUGCUUAAGAAAGCUUUGGAGGAGAGCAAACGUGAGAUGUCAGCUAAAGGCGGGACCGCUUUCAUGGACCUGGUUGAUGUUUUUGCGCCACCCAAAGAUCCUCCGAAAGACAAUGUGUGGCAGAAAACCUCGUUGCACGCAUCCACUCGUUUGGGGGGCACAGACCCCUGGGAUGCAUUGGAUGGAAGCAGCAGCUCAUCAAAAGUAGAUUCUUCCUGGAUGGAACAGCCCAUCCCCAACAGUCCCCCUCCGCCCUGGGAACCCAGCCCACCCCCAGUCAACCCUUGGGACCCCCCUUCUGCCAACCCAUGGGCCGCAGGACCAAAAGUCGCAGAUCCCUUCACAACACCCAAAAAGUCUCCUCUCCGACCCUUAAGCCCUUCAGAUGGCGAUUUGUUCGAUGACGCCAUGGAUGGAGGUAAAAUUAACGGGCAGAGGGAGGGCAGCCCCGAAAUGUUUGACUUGUACCAGCUAGGACAGAGCCUGGCGGACUCCAAACCUCGCACGCUGAAAACCCCCGAGUCUUUCUUGCACCCAGCGGCUGCUUCUCUGGUCAACCUGGACUCUUUGAUUCCUGCUAACACCCAAGCUAAGACCAUGAAUCCUUUUCUAUCAGCUGCAGGUGCUUCCGCCACCAUCAAUCCAUUCCAGCCAGAGCCAAGCAGACUGACUUUGGGUCAAAUGGGCUCGGGUUUGGGCACAGUGCAGCCUUCCCUCCCCUACAGCGCCUCUCUGCCUCUGCCUAGCAACCAGCCGCCAAGCCUCCCGAUAUCCUUCACCCACCCCACCAAUACCGGCUUAGAGCUGCCCGAGCCUCUCCUGCCCUUUUCCACGGGCAGCGCUCAGCCAUCACAGUCUGCCUUGAACAAUCCGAACCCUUUCCUAUGAGGAACAGGUCAACACAAAAAGGGAAAUUGAACUGUAGCCUGAAAGAAUUGAGUGAGAAUCCCGCCCCCUUUUUCUACAUUGUGGCAUAACGAGCUAAUGGAUGCAGCAACAGGUUAGAAAUGUACUCUAACCCUUUCCUCCAUCGUGGGGAUCUGUUCCAGACUACUCAUGCAAUAAGUGAAAUCCACAAUGUUUAAAUACCCGAAUGAAAUCCUUUUUCAAUAUUAAUAAUUCUGACAAAAACAGGAUUGAAAUAAUUAGAGUAAUCAUCUUUAGCAAAAACUUGGCUGAGCCAAAACACUUUGUGUUUUCAUUCUUCUUUAUUCUUCAGACAAAUGUACACAUUGUCAGUGGGUAGAGUUGCACCCAAAAUAAAUGGAAGGCGGGAACAAAAAU